UAGAAAGGAAGUAUUGACAUUCAGAUGCGGAAGUUAGAGCGGUGAAAACAAUCGGGUGGGUCGACGGUAACUUUAAAUAAGGGCUAUAAGAAAUAAACGGCGGCGUAAUAUUUCGUCUCUUCAGCCGCUUCAAUCUCUCAUUUCUACAGACGUUUUCUACGUAAAGAAAAGUUAAGAUGGACUUCCUGUUUGGAAAGAGAAAGACUCCGGAGGAGAUGCUUAGACAGAAUCAGAGGGCACUUAAUCGAGCCAUGAGAGAUCUAGACCGAGAACGCCAGAGAAUGGAGCAACAGGAAAAGAAAAUUAUUGCUGACAUUAAAAAAAUGGCCAAGCAAGGACAGAUGGAUGCUGUUAAGAUUAUGGCUAAGGACUUGGUUCGCACAAGGCGAUACGUUAAGAAAUUCAUCAUGAUGCGAGCCAACAUUCAAGCUGUUAGCCUUAAAAUUCAAACCCUUAAAUCAAACAACAGCAUGGCACAGGCGAUGAAAGGAGUCACCAAAGCUAUGGCCACCAUGAACAAACAGUUGAAGUUGCCACAAAUUCAGAAGAUCAUGAUGGAGUUUGAACGCCAAAGUGAAAUCAUGGACAUGAAGGAGGAAAUGAUGAAUGAUGCAAUUGAUGAUGCAAUGGGAGAUGAAGACGACGAAGAGGAGAGCGAUGCUGUGGUUUCUCAAGUUUUGGAUGAGCUGGGUCUGAAUCUGUCUGACGAACUUUCAAACCUACCUUCUACUGGAGGAAGUCUUUCGGUUGCCGCUGGAAAGAAAGCUGAACCACAGCCCACACUGGCAGAUGCUGAUGCUGACCUGGAGGAGAGGCUGAAUAACCUCAGGAGAGACUGAGAAUUUAGAGACAUUUAGUAAAGUUUGACACAUGGAAAUGUUUGUGUAAAGCUUCCUUUAUCAAGAUUUAGACUGAUGCUAAUGAGGAGGUACAUUAUGUGGAUGCGGUCUUGUUUUAUUUUUCUGAUGUUUGACGCUUUUAUGCGUCUAUUUUUUCUGACUCCUUUUAGGAUGUGCUGUAUAUAUAUAUUACUCUACCAAACAAGUAACCCAAAUGAAGAUGCAAUGCAUCAGACCGCUUUCGAAUCCUCUGUUUAAACAGAUGCUUUCUGAAGGUGAUCAACAAAGAAUCUGUUGCCCAGGAAUGCAAGGUUUCCAACUUGAGGAAAACUAACACUAAUUUUAAUUACAAUAAAAACUGAUUUAUCAUUUCAUGGGUCUAAUAAAUGUGCAUUGUGAUACUGAACUUUAAUAUAAAUGGUUCAAAAUCAAGUUGCUGCAGUUUUUCAGUCUGUCCAUAUAUAUUGUCUUUUCAAAAUACUUUUGCUAUUAUACUACUAGGAACUUUUAAAGAUAUAUAUAC